AUGGCCCCUAGCCGUAAAAAGGGAGGAAGCAAAGCAGCAGCGGCGGCGGCCGCCGCUCGUAAAUGGAAAGUUGGCGAUCUCGUUCUUGCUAAAGUCAAGGGGUUCCCUGCUUGGCCUGCCACGGUCAGUGAGCCGGAGAAGUGGGGUUACUCCACCGAUUGGAAGAAAGUGGUUGUUUACUUUUUUGGCACCCAACAGAUUGCUUUCUGCAAUCCUGCUGAUGUUGAAGCAUUUACCGAGGAGAAAAAACAGUCUCUUGUGAAACGUCAUGGAAAGGGUGCUGACUUUGUUCGUGCUGUUAAGGAGAUUGUUGAUAGCUAUGAAAAAUUAAAAAAAGAGAGACAGCUUGGUGAAGCAAACUGUGGCAGCAAUGUUGCUGAUGCAAAUAUUUCAAAUCCGUUCAACUCAUACGAGAAGGAUCAGAAAGAUGCUCCUGACUUAUCACCCACUUUACCCAUGAAAUCUUCAAAUUCCGCUAUCGACAAACAUGAGUUAUGUCCAGCUAAAGAUGACUCAGCUGCUGUAUUGAGAGAUGAGUGUCAUGAUAAGGAGGCAUCAAAGGAACUUACUGAUAAUUUUGCUCCUAUACAAUCACCUAAGCCCAUUACUUACUCUUCUCGAAAGAAAUCUGCUGGCGACUUGUGCUCACAGGGCUUCAUAACAGACAGACAUAUGCCAGUACGAAGGAAUAGAAGAAGCUCAUCGCGCAUCCAAACCAUUAUGUCUCCCGGUAAUGAUGGUGGAAAAAAUUCUGGCAGCCAAUUAACCAAUGCAGCUAAGGGUGCAUCUGUACGAAGGAAUAAACGUCUUAGGAAAUCGCCUGAUCUUGCUGGCUGUAAUGAUUUUGAUUCAUCUGCUUUGGUCUUGAAUGAUAGCAUGGAGGACAAAGGCAACAACUCUGAAAUUCUUACCAUUGAUUCUGAUGAAUUUAGCCUGAAUGAGGAUAGUGCAAUGGAUUCAAAUUUUAAACACAAGGAAACUAUUGAAUGCCCUGAAAAAGAUGAGCUGAACAAAGGCCUUGAUCUUAAAAUAAAGGGCAUGGUCAAUAAGAAGAAAAGAAACCACAAUAGGAAGAGGGCAACCAAUGAUUCUUCCAAGCCAACCAUUGAUUCUUCCAAACCAACCAUUAGACUUGACGAGGAACUUGGUUUGCGGAAUUCUAGUCAAAGUUCCCAGAAUAUAUGCGGAAAUUCUGAAGAAAGAUGCUUUGAGCAAGAUGGAGAUGAACACCUGCCCCUUGUGAAACGAGCAAGAGUCAGAAUGGGUAAAUCAUCUUCCACAGAGGGAGAGCUCAAUAGCAUUCUACAUGCUCCAGGGAAAAGCUGUAAGGAAGAUAUUAGCCCACCUUCCCAGAUGAUAGAUUCCUCAAAUCCCGAAAAUGGAAGCAAUGCUCCAGGAAAAAGCUGUAAGGAAGAUACUAGCCCACCAUCCCAGAUGAUGGAUUCGUCAUAUCCCGAAAAUGGAAGCAAUGCUCCAGGGAAAAGCUGUAAGGAAAAUACUAGCCCACCAUCCCAGAUGAUGGAUUACUCAAAUCGUGAAAAUGAAAGCAACACUCCAGGGAAAAGCUUUAAGGAAGGUAUUAGCCCACCAUCCCAGAUGAUAGAUUCCUCAAAUCGUGAAAAUGGAAGCUCUCUUGAUGCAGGCUCAUCUGUCCUGAUUGGAACUGUGGAAAAUAUUUCUCCUUCAAAGAAUUUGGCACCAUGUUUUGAAAAUCAGAUUUGUAAUAAUAAGAGAGAUCAAACAUUCUGCUCUGUGGAUUGUGAAGCUGCUUUACCUCCAUCCAAACGCCUUCACCGAGCUUUAGAAGCCAUGUCAGCUAAUGCUGCCGAAGAAGGUCAGGCUCGUAUAGAAUCAUCGGCCUCCAGAAUGACAUCAAUAGGCACAUGCUGUAUAUCUGCUAUCAAGACAAGCCCAAAUAUGACUAUUAAUGAUCAUGAAGGUGGUGGUUUAGAGCCGCAAAAGUUCAAUGCCUGUGAUGGUGAUUCUUCUCAUAUCAUUUUGCAUAGUUUGCCAGCUAAUUCAAAUCAUGUAGAUAAGCUGUCAACCAGGUUCCAACCACAAGAAACUGGCACAGAUGUUCUCGCAGGUGCUGCAUAUAAAGUUGAAGAACCCAGUGAUUUUGUGGUUUGUCAUACUGCUAAUGCGGAUUCGGAAAUUCAGGUUCAUAGGGAAAUUUCUCCAAAUCUUGAUUCAAAAUGUUAUGAAGUUGAAAGCAAUCAAGAUUCACCUGACCUGUCAUUACCACCAAUUAGUGAAGACAAUAUUAUAACAUUGAAUCAUUCAAAUACAACAUCUGAUGCAUCAGAGCACAAUGGAAUAAGCCAUCUUUCUGUGGUAGAUGUGUUGAAAAAGGAAAUUUCCCCUCAAAACAAUAUUGAUCUGCCUCGGAAUGAGGUUGCCAUUUCUGAGGACAUGAAGUGUCUGACACCAGUAGUUGUGGAUGUUGACAGAGCAAAUGACAUGAGUGAGGUCAUAAAAGAGGUAAAAUGUAAAGGACCAGAGGAGGAUUUAAAUUCUGUUUCUACAUCUGACUGUCUGGGUCAAAAGGUUAUUUCAGGCAUUCGGUCAAGUACAUCCCUGACAGAUGGGGGAGACUGCCUUCCACAAGGAUCACCUCCAAACACGUCAAUUUGCAAUGUAUCCACAUCAGAUAGUAGUAAUAUGCUUCACAAUGGAAGUUGUAGUCCUGAUGUACAUUUACACCAGAAACAAACUUUUUCUGGUCCCGUUGAUGAAAAUAAGUAUGGAUCUGAGGCAACUCAACAAUCAAGAUCAAUGGGCAAGUCAUCUGAAGCGGGUCGGGCUGCUUUGCUUUAUUUUGAAGCAAUGCUUGGAACAUUGAAAAGGACAAAGGAAAGUAUUGGCCGAGCAACACGUAUAGCUAUUGACUGUGCAAAGUUUGGCAUUGCAGCUAAGGUCAUGGAAAUUCUUGCCCACAAUCUUGAAAAUGAAUCAAGUCUGCAUCGGAGAGUAGAUUUGUUUUUUCUUGUUGAUUCUAUUGCACAGUUUUCUAGAGGUUUAAAAGGUGAUGUUUGUUUAGUUUAUUCCUCCGCUAUCCAAGCAGUCCUCCCUCGACUAUUAUCUGCUGCUGUUCCUCCUGGAAAUGCUGCACAAGAGAACCGUAGGCAAUGUCUUAAGGUUUUAAGGCUGUGGUUGGAGAGAAAAAUCCUACCAGAACCCAUGGUUCGCCACCAUAUCCGGGAAUUGGAUUUGUAUAGUUCAAUUUCUGCAGGGGUCUUUUCACGACGAUCAUUAAAAACAGAGAGGGCUAUGGAUGACCCUAUAAGAGAAAUGGAGGGUAUGCAUGUUGACGAAUAUGGAAGCAACUCAAGUUUGCAGCUACCUGGAUUUUGCAUGCCCCGAAUGCUCAAAGAUGAAGAUGAAGAUGACAAUGAAGAGAGUGAUUCCGAUGGAGGGAAUUUUGAGGCUGUCACACCUGAGCAUAUUUCUGAAGUACAUGAAAUGACUUCUACAAUUGAUAAACACAGGCAUAUAUUAGAAGAUGUUGAUGGUGAGCUUGAAAUGGAAGAUGUUGCUCCCACUUGUGACGUAGAAAUGAAUUCAUUUUGCAAUGUUGAAAGAGGAAAUGCCACACAGUUUGAGAAGAAUAUCUCCCUGUCCACUGCCCCUCUGCCUCAAUCUUCCCCACUACCACCAUCAGCCCCUCCACCACCCCCACCACCUCCACCACCACCACCACCUCCUCCCCCUCCACCCCUUCCUAUGCCACACCUUGUUGCAUCUACCUCUGAUCCAUGUAGUGCUGUAUUUAAUUCAAGAGCUCAUGCAGAAUCACAGUGUGUGAAAGACAACCCACUUCACCCUAUGGCUCAGCCAUCGGCUGCACCAAGGAGUGACCAUCCUAGUAGUGAUGCAGUUCACUAUCAUGUCUCAGAAUAUAGAGAAGUACACAUGCCAGAGUCUACUUGCUCUUUCAACAGUUUCCCUGUGCCACCAGUAAAUUAUCAACAUUCUGAUGGUGUUGCUAUGAAUAAUAGAGGAUAUUCUAUAAGGCCACCAUGUCAUGUGCCGUCAAAUCAAUUUUCUUUUGUUCACGGGGAACAUCAUGUGAGACAUCGAAGGGAGGUUCCACCACCACCACCACCACCACCUCCUUACUCCAACAGGCAACACUUUGCGGAGAACUUGGAGAGAGAGCACUUCUAUAAUAAUAAUCAUGAAAGAUUAAAACCGCCUCCAUAUGAUUACCGAGAGAGAUGGGAUGUACCCCCACCUUAUUCUGGUCCUAGAUACCCGGACGAAGAUAUGCCUUCCCCAUAUGGGUGUCAUCCAUGUGAACCACCUAGAGUACCAGGUCAUGGGUGGAGAUUUCCUCCUCGGUCAAUGAAUCACAGGAACACCAUGCCAUUUAGACCACCCUUUGAAGAUUCAAUUCCAGUUACAAACAGAGGUCCAAACUUUUGGCAGCCUAGGUGA